UGAAGCUCAGAGGCACUUGUACCAGGAUGUGAUGCUGGAGAACUUUGCACUCAUAUCCUCGCUGGCUUGAAGAACUCCCUUUAGCAUUUCUGGUAAGGCAGGUUGAGUGGUGAUGAAUUCCCUCAGCUUUUGUUUGCCUAGGGAAGUCUUUAGCUCUCCUUCAUUUUUGAAGGACAGCUUUGGUGGAUAAAGCAUUCUUGUUUGGCAGUUUUUUUCCUUCAGCAUUUUGAAUUUAUCACUUCACUCCCUCGUGGUCAACCUGGUUUCUGCUGAGAAAUCCACUUACAGCCUUAUGGGGUUUCCCAUGUAUGUGAUGAGUUUCUUUUCUCUUGCUGCUUUUGAAAUUCCCUUUGUCUUUGAUUUUUGAAAGUUUUUUUAUAAUGUGUCUCUGUGAGGAUCUGUUUAGAUUGAAUCUUUAUGAGGACCUAUAAGCAUCAUGUACCUGAUUGUCCACAUCCCUCUCCUGAUUUGGUAAGUUUUCAGCCAUUAUUUCUUUAAAUAAGCUUUCUCCCCCUUUCUCCCUCACUUGUCCUUGGGGCACUUCCAUAAUGUGUAUAUUAUUUCCCUUGAUGGCAUCCCAUAAUUUACAUAGUCUUUUCAGUCUUUUUUCUCCUCUGACUGGCUAACUUGAAAUGAUCUGAUUUGAGCUCACAUGUUUUUCGCCUCUUUGAUCAGUUUGGCUGUUCAUGCUCACUUUUGUAUAAUUUCAGUGUUAUAUUUUUCAUUUCAUUCAUUGUAAUCAUCACCUCCAGAAUUUAAUUCCUUAUUUUUAUUAUUUCUAUUUCUGAUUUGUUUGUUUAUUAUUUUCCUGAUUUCACUGAGUUGUCUGUGUUUUCUUGGAUCUGGCUGAGCUUCCGUAAAACAAUUAUUUUGAAUUCUUUGUCCAGCAGUUUGUAGAUCUGUUUCUUUAGGUUCACUUACUGGAAACUUAUUGUGCUCCAAUGGUGAUGUCAUGUUUCCUUGAUUUUUCAUGUUCUUUAUGGCCUUUUGUUGAUGUCUCCACAUUUGAUGGAUCAGUCACCUCCUCCAACCUUUAGGGGCUGGUUUUGGUGGAGAAAGACCUUCACCUUGGAUUGGUUGUGAGGUCACCGGCUGUAUGGGUUGUGGCGUUUUUGGCUCUGGGGAGGUCCCAGCCAUGUAAUCACCCUGAACCUCUGUCAGCUGAGGUCAGCAGUGACAAAGAUUGUAGAGAUUCUCAAUAGCCCUGGCUGCAAGAUGAACUCACAGGUACCUGGGCCUGGUGAGCCUGUGGAGGGUGUGACAUCAGGACUGUUUUCAGAUCAUACCAGGAACGUUUCCCAUUUAACCAGUGUUUUGUUGUUAUUGCCAGUCCCACACCCCAUUUCUGCUUUUCCUUCCCCAUGGUUGAUACUUUGUCUUCUAGUCAAUUCUGCUACUUGUGCUUUCAACUCUGACUUCCAGCCCAGGAAGAAUCUCCACCUCUCUAGACUUCAUAUCUCACCCAUUUUUCUCAUAACUCUUCUUCUGUUGCUCUGCAACAUUGGUUCACGUGUGCCAUAAGGUGUGCACACAUCUUACAUUGGCCUUAAACUACAGCUACUCAAUUGCAAUUGUUUUUUCCUGGGUUUAGACACAUGCUUCUACGCAGCCUCAUGUCACCACCAGUAAAGGUCCUGCAAGAAUCCUUUAGCAGAGGAGCAAGAUUUAGAAUAUGCCUCUCUUCUUUGUGUCACACUCAAUCCUGGUGUCCUUCCCCGGUGAGGUCUCCACCAUUCUUUUGCCUUAGGAGCCCAGUAAUGCCCUGAAGUCACUUCCCCAACGCCAACGGAUUCCACCUCCCUUCUCUGGAAAAGUCUAAUGUCCAUAGACUUAUUGCUAGAUGUGACAGAUGUGGUUUGUGAUGGGUUAUCACUCUCCUUCUAAAGUCAACAUGUACUUCACCAGGGUUUCUUUGCAUUCAGGUUGCUGGAGUGGAACAGAGGAUGUGGAGGCACCCUUUCAACACAGUGUUUCUGUAGGUGUGUCACAGGCCAGGACUCCCAAGGCAGGUCUGAGAAAAAGUCACUUCACCUGGGGAGAAUGCAAGAAACGCUUCAACCUUAAACACAUACCUGUUCAGGACCAGGGUGUCCACACUGGAAGACAAUGUUUUGUAUGCCGUGAAUGUGGGAGAACAUUCAGGUACAAAUCUUCAUUUGUUGUACACCAGAGAGUCCAUGCUGUAGAAAGGCUUCACAUAUGUGGAGAAUGUGGCAAAUCUUUUAGGCGAACCUCAACCCUCAGUCGGCAUCAAAGAAUUCAUUCUGGGGCAAGGCAGUGCAAGUGCAGCAAAUGUGGACAAUCCUUUAACCAAAAAUCUGUCCUCAUUUAUCCCUGGAGAAGUCACACUGAAGAAAAUUGUUACUUGUGCAGUGAAUGUGCCCAGUCUUUUAGCCGUAGUUCCACCCUUAUUCGACAACGAACAGUUCACACUGGAGAAAGGCGUUAUGAGUGCACUCAGUGUGGGAAAUCUUUUAGACGAAAAUUCUACCUCCUUGUACACUGGAGAGUUCACACUGGAGAAAGGCCUUAUGAAUGCAGUGAAUGUGGGAAAUCUUUUACCAGAAACUCGGUACUCAUUCUCCACCAGAGAGUACAUACGGGAGAAAGGCCUUUUCAUUGCAGUAAAUGUGGGAAAUCUUUUUCAUCUGGGUCCAAACUCAGUAAUCAUCAGAGAGUUCAUACAGGAGAAAGGCCUUAUGAAUGCAGUGAAUGUAGGAAAUCCUUUCUCCAAAGAUCCAAACUUGUUAUACACCAGCAAGUUCACACAGGAGAGAGGCCAUAUGAGUGCAGUGAAUGUGGGAAAUCUUUCACCACUAAGACAACCCUCCUUUAUCAUGAGAAAGUUCACACAGGAGAAAGGCCUUAUGAGUGCAGUGAAUGUGGGAAAUCCUUUAUCCAAAGAUCCAAACUUGUUAUACACCAGAGAAUUCACUCUGGAGAAAGGCCUCAUCGUUGUACUGAAUGUGGGAAAUCCUUUAUCCAAAGAUCCAACCUUGUUAAACACCAGAGAGUUCACACAGGAGAGAGGCCUUAUGAGUGCAGUGAAUGUGGGAAAUCUUUCAGCAUUAGGGGUACCCUUCGUGAUCAUCAGAGAGUUCACACUGGAGAAAGGCCCUAUGAGUGCAGCCAAUGUGGGAAAUCAUUUAGAGUAAAUUCUCAUCUCAUUCAACACUGGAGAUUUCACACUGGAGAAAAGCCUUAUAAAUGUAGUGAAUGUGGGAAAUCUUUCUCGUCUACCUCGAGUCUUCGUUAUCAUCAGAGUGUUCACACUGGGUUAAGGUCUUAUGUAUGUGUUGACUGUGGGAAAUCAUAUACCAAUAGCUCGACACUUAUUCGACACAGGAGAAUUCACACAGGAGAAAAGCCUUAUAAGUGCGGUGAAUGUGGAAAAUCCUUCUGGUGUAGUUCACAAUUCAGUGAACACCAGAGAGUUCACACUGGAGAUAGGGAUUAUGAGUGCACUGAAUGUGGGAAAUUGUAUAGGGAUCGUUCCCAACUCAAAAAACAUCAGAGAGUUCACACUGGAGAGAGGCCUUUUGAGUGUAAUGAAUGUGGGAAAUCUUAUACCAAUAGCUCAGCGCUUGCUAAACACCGGAAAAUUCACACUGGAGAAAGGCCUUAUGAGUGCACUGAAUGUGGGAAAUCAUUUAGGUAUAGUUCCCAAUUCAGUGAUCACCAGAGAGUUCACACAGGAGAAAGGCCUUAUAAGUGCAGUGAAUGUGGAAAAUCCUUCAUGAGGAGUUCACAUUACAAUCAACACUGGCGAGUUCACUCGGGAGAAAGGCCUUAUGAGUGUACUGAUUGUGGGAAAUCAUUUAGGUAUAUUUCCCAAAUCAGUAAACACCAGAGAGUCCACAUUGAGCAAAGGUGUUAUGAGUGUAGUGAAUGUGGGAAAUAUUUUGCCUGUAGCUCAACACUCAUUCAACACCAGAGAGUUCACACUGGAGAAAGGCCUUUUGAGUGCAGUGAAUGUGAGAAAUCUUUUACCCAACGCUCUGCACUCCGACAACAUGCGAGACUUCACACUGGAUCAAGGCCUUAUGAAUGAGGCCAAUGUGGGAAAUUCAUUAGCUAAAGGACUGUGUUCUUUCCACAUCAGAAAUUCACACUGCAUCAUGCCUUAUGUGUAGUGAAUGUCAAAAAUGCUUUCCUAAAACUCCAGUGUCAUUCAACACAGGAGAAUUCACAAUGUAGGAAGUCCUUAUGCUGUACCGAAUGUGGUUAAUCAUUUUUAAUUUAGCCCUUUUGAUAAUUUUGUCAUGCUAUUUCACUCUUGUUUCGAUUGCAUUGCCCUAAGGAUUCCUGAUGAGCAGUUUUUCAGAUGUUUAUUUGCUAUCUGUAAGUCUUUGAUAAAAAGUGUGCUGAUACCUUUUGCCUGUUCUUUUAUAAACUUUGGUUAUUUUCCUUUUCAUUGACAAAUAGGACAGUGAAGCAAUAAAUAUAUAUGUUGGAAUUUCACUCAUUCUCAAAUACAUCAGUGACUUCCUUUUUUAAUGAAAUAAUUGUUUUCAGUACUAGAAUAUAUCCUAAUUUUUUCUAAAAUUUUUUGUGCUGUGCACAAUGUGAUGGACACAUAUUCUUAACAUUAAUGUUCAUUGUUAACAUAUUCUCCAUCUGUUUCUUAAGUUCAGACAUUCAGUAAUACAAUAAAGUCUUCCUUUGUAGUGUUUGCUCAUUUUCCUGGUCUAUAUUGUUGGCUUGGCACUGAUGGGGGACCAGAUAGUAUCAGGAUGGAUUGGGUGUUCAAAGCCCCGUGGGGAGAGAAAGAGGACACUGAUCAGAUACCUCAGGUGCCUAAGUUUGAAUCUCAGUUCCCCGACCAUCACUGGAGCUCAAGACAAUGACUUCCUCUAGGCCAAAGUGUCCUCCUAUAAAAUGGGGCUGGGGUUGACCCUGCCUCAGGUUGUUGGAAGAGGUGAAGAGCCAAGGUGCCCAUUAACUGAGUAGCGGCUGCACCUGUGGUCUCCAUCUGUGUGCCAUGAUGAUCCCAGGGCAAGGCACCCUUUGUCCCUGCAGGCAGGAGGGGGCUGCAGCGUACUGAGGUCUCAGUGUGAGUUCCCCAAUAGGGAAUGUCUGAGUGACUCACUAGAACUUCUGGGGGCUCAGGGCACUGACUGUGUGACAUGCAGGUAAUGAUGGCAUUUACCUUGGCUUCUGUGAGGAUCAAUAAAAGGAACAAAACACACCAUCUCUUACCUGCUUUUUGAGCAUUUUCUCUUUAAUUCUCACAACAACCUGGGGAAGGGGAACUAUUACUGUAUUACUGGGAAAACUCCAGGAUCACAGAAUGAAGUGGGUUCUCCAGGUUCACACAGUGGACAAGUGCCAGAUUCAAGAGGCUGGAUUCAUACCCCUGAGUCUAGCUCCAGAGCUUGGAAAGUUUAAUCCCUUUACCUCGGCAUGUGACGCUCUCAGCCCAGGGCAGACACAUGGCAAGGACCAGGGAGGCUCAGCGGUUGCUGCUGCUGCUACUGCUGUGUUCAUUGUUGGAAUUAUUGUCAUGAUCAUUUCUCCCUAUUCCUUUGAUGUCCCAGAGCACUUACCCUCUUCCCCCAAGUUCUCAAGGGAACCCCACUGAUUCUCUCCAUUGGCUUCACCCAUGGGAGGCUUUCCUCUCAGCCAUAAUUGUUAAGUCCAGAGGCUGUAUCCUAUCUCCUUUGAGCUCAGCACAGAGCUCAGGAAUUUUGUAUUUGCAGGUGAUGCUGGAGGCCUGUUCACUCCUGGUCUCACUGGGUAAGGGCUUCCCUCUCCAUGCAGGGGAUCCACGGCCUCCUUGAUUCUGCCCUCUCAAUCAGGCCCGCAGGUUUAGAAGAGCAAUGGAGCUCACCUUUCCUCCUCCCUCUAGCUCUCACCAUGCUCUGGACCCAUGUCCUCCUUUCUAAUCUCCCUUUGUCUGAAUCAGAUGUCUUUGGGUAGAAAGCGUCUUUCUAAACAGAAACCCUCACCCCAGUGCCCAGCACAUUUGGGCCUCAGUCUGAGCUCCUUAUUCCAGAUUCCACAGGAGGGAAGCUGACUGGCUCAGCCUGGUUGGGCCAAGUGUCCCCACAGCCCAAUAGCAGGGUUGUGGGUGAGGGGCUGUUCUCAGAAGUGGGGGUGAGUCAGGCAGCACCCCUAGGAAGACAUUUGCCAGGGGUGCUCCCCAUGUAUCUUCCUAACAACACAAUCUCAGUAAAAAUGCCCUUGAGGGCUGCGCCUUCAUCCCUUGUUUCCUAAGGCUUGGGCCCAGCUCCUGCACUGGUCCAGGAGAUGAUUUUAGAGGGUGCACAGAAACAGCAUCAGGUGGUAGGCAAUGACCCCCUGAGAAAGCUGCUCCUUCUUCCUUUCUGUUUCCUUCUGAGUGUUGUCAGGAGAAAGUCUUGGAAUCGUGUUGCAUCUGUAAUGUCCCCCUAACUGUUACUAAUUUCUUUUUUCAAGAUAGGGAGCAGCCCUGAGCAGCCCCCAUGAGCUCCCUAAGAUUCAGAGCAGUAUUUUGACUAUGGUUGUGUUUUCAUGGUCAGCUUCCAUUUGUGGCAAAGUCCAAAUGGUUCUCCUAAUUAGCAGAGAGACAAGUGUGCUUUUUAGAAUACACUCUAAGACAAAUGGAAUGUGGGUUAGUUUAACAAGAAUAAAUUAGUAAGAAUGGUCACAGCUUAGGUCCCUUGAGCACAGAGAGGUGUCAGGCCUGUUGCAGACAGUGUUUAUUUCAACUCAUUUAGUUCUAAUGAAAUCCCCGUCCUCGGCACAGUAAGGAAAAUUCGGCCACUGUUGUGAGUCCCUUAGACACCUUAUUCAAUGCAGAAGAUCUUCCUUCAUGAUGAGGUGCUGUCCUCUGCUUUCUUUGCUUGUCAAAGUCCUAUCUUUUAUAAAAGUAUGAGUGAGAGUAGAUGAUAGUGGUCCAUGAAAUGUCCUUAUUGGAUCAAUUCACUGUGUGAGUUUUCUAAUUUUUUUUGUGUGUGUGAGGAAGAUCAGCUCUGUGCUGACAUCUGCCAAUCUUCCUCUUUUUUUUUUUUUUGCUGAGGAAGACUGGCCCUGGGCUAACAUCCAUGCCCAUCUUCCUCCACUUUAUCUGGGACACCGCCACAGCAUGGCUUGCCAAGCGGUACGUUGGUGCACGCCCGGGAUCUGAACUGGCAAACCCCGGGCUACCACAGCAGACUGCGCGCACUUAACCGCUUGCACCACUGGGAUGGGCCCGUGAGUUUUCUAAUUUUUAAAAAAUUUUAGAGGUUCAUGAAAUAUCUAAAUCUGGGAAUCACCAAGUUGUCUCCUCACACAGAUUCCCCUUCCCUAAGGAUUAAAUACUCCAGUCACCUACCCCGCCCCUCAUGGCCCACCUUCUUUAUGAAUGCUGGCCCCACACAGUAGCUAGGAAAUGUUUCCU